AUGUUAAUAUCCAGAUGUGGUCUUCGAAUAUUAAGUAAGUUGGCAUUUCGUACUAAAAUUUUAGUUGAAGAAUCAAAAUGCUCAUCUUCAAUAAAAUUGUUUGCACCGGUAACUAGUGCAAGUCGGUAUUAUUGUAUUAAACUAGAAGGUCCUUCGGAUACAUUAAAUUCUGAACCAAGUACACCAAAACCAUUCGAUGAUAUAGAUUAUGAUUCAAUUACUGGAGGUGAUGAAGAAACAUUGUCAAAAUUAAAACGUUUGAUCUUAGAGAUUGAUUUACUGUAUGAGAGUGGUGAACAAGUACCAAGCCGCCUCAGAGUAGAUCAAUGGCAAAGCUUACUACAGUUAAGUAGCCGGUCAUCGCGAAUGAAACACUUAAAAUAUUUGUUUUUAAUUGAAAAAAAAAAAGAAAACCGUGUCGUGCGCAAAUUAGAAAAAAGAGCUGAACGCAUAGAACGAUAUGAAAAUGAACCAAAAAAUAAUCACAUUGAGUAUGGAUUAAUGAGGAACAGUAUGUUUCAUAGAAUUUAUGAAAAGCAAAUGAAUUCUCUUUAUAAUUACCGUUUAUGUGAAGCCAUGUUAUAUGGACAAGACAUAUUAAUUGAUUGUAGUUAUGAUGGACACAUGUCUUUGAAAGAACAAACAAACUGCGCUAAACAAUUACUGUUAAUGUGGUCCUACAAUCGUACCCACAAGGACCCUUUUAAUAUUAUAUUUUGUAAUGUUGAUAGAGAAGGUAUAGUAUUCAAAGGUUUAUCUAAAACAAUACCAACUAUUGAUGAGCCAACAUUCCCUUUAAAUUAUACAAAAAAAAGUUACUUAGAUCUUUAUCCAAGAGAGAAGCUUGUGUAUUUGACUCCUCAUUGUAAUGAAGAACUUAAAGAAUACAAUCAUGAUGAUGUAUAUAUCGUUGGUGCAAUGGUUGAUAAAAUGAAAGUUGAGCCUUUAUCAUUAGCUAAGGGGAAACGAGAUAAAAUAAGAAUGGCAAAAUUACCACUCGAUUUAUAUUUAGAUUGGAAACAAGGAACUAAAAAUUUAACCAUUAAUCAAAUGAUUAUGAUUAUGGCAGACUUAAAAGUUGAUAAUAAUUGGGUUAACGCUUUAAAACAUAUACCAAGAAGAAAACUUUUAGAAGGGGAUGCUUACCAAAGAAGACUUGUUGGAAAUAAUCAUAAAAUAUCAGCAAAACGAAUUAGAGAAGAUUUUAGAAGAAAUUCUGUGUACAGUUUGUUAAUUAAAAAGUAG